AUGAACGUUUAUGCCCCUAAUGAUGCGGUUAGUAGACGUGCACUUUGGUUGGAGAUUUUGGAUGUUAGAAACUCGGCUCAAGGUUUAUGGGUAAUGAUGGGCGAUUUUAACGAGGUUCGGGAUGAGAAUGAGCGAAUGAAUUCUGAAUUUAUAGAUUCUAAUGCUGCCGCGUUUAAUCAGUUUAUAUUAUCAGCUGGGUUGGUGGAAUACAAUAUGGGCGGGGGCAAUUUCACGUAUAUGUCGGAUAAUGGUAAAAAGCUUAGCAAACUGGAUCGGUUUCUUGUAUGCUUGGGGUUUAGGGAGCAAUGGCCUAAUGCAACGGUGCUUGCAUUAGAGAGAGGAGCGUCUGAUCAUCGGCCAAUUGUUUUAUCCACUGUCCAGUCGGAUUUUGGUCAUACCCCUUUCCGGUUUUUCAACUCUUGGUUCGAAUAUAAUGGUUUUCUGGAUUUCGUGCUACAGCAGUGUGGAGAGUUCUCUUUUUCGGGGCCAGGAGAUCUUGCUUUAGCAAUUAAGUUGCGAUGGUUGAAAAACAAAAUCAAAGCGUGGCUGAAAAUGGAAAAAGCUAGGAAAGAGGGUAUUUAUAGUGAUAAAAAAAGUAGACUGGCUAGCAUUGAACGCUUGGCGGAAGAAAGGCUAUUAUUGGACGGGGAAUUGGCUGAAAGAGCGGAUUGUAGGAAUUAUAUGGCCGAAUUUGAUAGAAUCACCCAGUUGGAUCUUAGACAGAAAUCGAGAUCGAAGUGGGCUAUUGAUGGGGAUGAAAACUCUGCCUACUUCCACCAUAUUAUAAACUCGAAUAUUAGUUCCAAUAGAUUAAACGGGCUCAUGAUUGAUGGGGUUUGGGUUACGAAUCCUUUACUGAUGAAGAAUUCGUUAUUUGAGUUUUUUGCCAGCCAGUUUACGGAACCGAUGCCGGUCCGGCCAGUUUUGUCUUGUCCGAACUUAGCGUCCAUUUCAGAUGAGGAGUCUUCGUGUUUGGAAUGCCCAUUUACUCUGGAGGAAAUUAAAGCGGCUGUAUGGGAUUGUGAUGGGGAUCGGGCUCCGGGUCCAGAUGGCUUCAACUUUAAGUUCAUCAAAAGGUGUUGGUCAGGCUUUCGUGAGGAUUUAUUGAAGUUGUUCAAUAAAUUCUAUGAAGAUGGUUCCCUUAAUCAGUGUUGUUCCUCAUCCUUUAUCGCCUUGAUUCCAAAAAUUAAAGAUCCGGUGGGGCCGUCCGAUUUUCGACCUAUUAGUUUAAUUGGGGUUAUUAAUAAAGUCAUUUCUAAGGUCCUGGUCAAUCGACUGAAAAAAGUGGUGGGGGGUUUGAUUUCAGAAGAGCAGUCUGCUUUCCUGGCCGGUAGGAAUAUUAUGGAUGGUCCUAUGGUCCUCAAUGAAGUUUUCAGUUGGUUAAAGAAGUCUAGACGGCGUGGGAUGUUCUUUAAAGUGGAUAUUAGUAAGGCGUACGACUCAGUGAAUUGGAAGUUUCUUGACUCGAUCAUGUCUCAAAUGAAUUUUCCGAGAAGGUGGCGAGCAUGGGUGAUGGCUACGUUAUAUUCAGCUAAGGCCUCGGUUCUAGUGAAUGGUUCACCGACGAGGGAAUUUCUAUGUUCCCGGGGGCUCCGGCAAGGGGAUCCUCUGUCUCCUUUUUUGUUUGUAAUCGUUAUGGAGGCCCUAUCAAAAAUUAUGGAAAAAGCGGUUUCACUUGGGCUAUUUAAUGGGUUAAAAGUCACCAAUAAUGGUCCUAUCUUAUCACACUUAUUAUACGCGGAUGAUGCAAUGUUCGUGGGGGAAUGGUCGGUUUCGAGUAUUAAUAAUCUCAAGCGUAUUUUGAGAUGCUUCUACCUAGUCUCUGGAUUGAAAGUAAACUUGGCCAAAUGUAGCAUCUUUGGUGUGGGAGUGAAUGAAGAAGAUGUCCAAAAUAUGGCCCAAUUACUGAAUUGUAAACAAGGUACGUUUCCGUUCAAACAUCUUGGUUUAAUGGUUGGCGCGAACAUGAACUUAGCUCGGAACUGGAAGCCGGUGAUCGAACUUUUCAGAAAUAGGCUAUCAAUAUGGAAAGCUAAAACGCUGUCAUAUGGAGGGAGAAUAACCUUGAUAAAAUCAGUGUUAAACGCGUUACCGACUUAUUACCUAUCUCUGUUUAAAGCCCCAGUAAAAGUCCUAGAUGUUUUGGAUAAAAUUAGAAGAGUUUUCUUUUGGGGCGGUUCAGAAGAGAAAGCCAAGAUGAACUGGGUGGCGUGGGAAAAAACAAUUGCUCCUAUCGAAUUUGGGGGUUUGGGAUUUGGUUCACUUAGAGACGCUAACCUUGCGAUGUUGGCAAAAUGGUGGUGGCGUUUUAAAACAGAGAAAAAAAGUUUGUGGCGACGGGUUGUAUGGUCAAUUCACCACAAUUCAAGGGCAUGGAAGGACAUCCCAGUCAAGGUGUCAGUUGCGGGUCCUUGGAAAAAUAUGUAUAGUAUUUGGCAGCCGUUGCUAUCGGCUAAUAUUGACCUCAAAUCUGCGUUCUCGGCAGUUGUUGGCGACGGAAAAAAUACUUGCUUUUGGUUGGAUAGUUGGGCUGAGUCGACUCCGUUUUACCUAAUGUUCCCUGAAUUAUUCCAUGAAGAAACCGUCAAGGACUGCUUGGUACAAGACCGAUGGGCCGCUGGUACCUCUGGGCCUGUUUUUAACUGGGCCUGGGCUCGUCCGGUUCUAGACUCCAUUGCUGCGUCCCAACUGCAGUUGUUACAGCAGGUAUUAAGUGUCCGGGUUGGGUCAGUGGGGGCAGAUCGCUGGAUUUGGAAGCAUGACGGCAGUGGGGUGUUUAAUGUUGCAAGUGUUAAAAGCAUUCUUAGUUCUGUUAACCGGACAAGGCCUUCUAAUGUUUUUGAAUGGAACAACUGGGUCCCGAAAAAGGUCAGCAUUGUUGCCUGGCGGGCAGAAAUGGAACGGUUGCCAACGAGAUGUGCUUUGGCUGUUCGGAACGUCCCGGUCUCGAGCCAAAUGUGUGUGAUUUGUGGUGACUAUGCUGAAUCUAGUGAUCAUAUUUUUGUCUCGUGCUCUUUUGCUCAGAUGAUUUGGCAAAUUUUGGCGAACUGGUGCGGGAUUCCUCCUAUCUAUGCGUUUGGUAUAAAGGAUUUGCUUUCGUUGCACUCUUCAAGUUCGGGUUCGAGGAGGAAGCGGAAAGUCAUUCAUGCUGUUAUUCUUGUGGCUUUUUGGAGUAUAUGGAAGUCAAGGAAUGAUGCCGUAUUCCGACAGGAGGUACCAAAUGUUUCGAAGUCUAUGGAGGAAAUCAAAUCGUUGGCGUUCCUAUGGGUGAAGAAUCGUUCAAAAGUGGGGGCUUUAUCUUGGGAGGAUUGGUGUCGGUUCAAACUAGAUGCUAUGAUUUGA